AUGAGUUUCCUACCAUCUUUUAUCUUAAGCGAUGAAUCUAAAGAACGUAUUUCCAAAAUUCUAACUUUGACUCAUAAUGUAGCACAUUAUGGCUGGAUCCCAUUUGUUUUAUAUUUGGGCUGGGCUCAUACUUCUAAUAGGCCAAACUUUCUGAACUUGUUGUCCCCAUUACCAAGCGUUUAA